GGCGGAGGUGGGUUCGGCGGCGAUGAGCCGAGCGUUGCUGUGGCGAUAAUCAGCUUGUUGCUCGAUUUUAAAAUUUAUUGACAUUACAGAUAUAUUUUUCAUAUUAAUCGCUUUAAUCCCUUUGUUCCGAUUUAUCAGGGGACGGACUGGGAGAACUGCAAUGUCUUCGAAGGAAGACAGGGCUAAGGAGAUUCUGAAGGGCUUUAAGCUUUACUUAACAAAUCUCAUUCUUCAGUAACUGGAUGAAUCUGCGUGAUGCAGAGACAGGAAAAGUUUUGUGGCAAGGCACAGAAGAUCUCUCAUUACCUGGAGUGGAGCAUGAAGCUCGGGUUCCUAAAAAGAUCCUCAAAUGCAAAGCCGUUUCCAGAGAACUAAACUUUUCCUCAUCCGAACAGAUGGAAAAAUUCAGGCUAGAACAAAAGGUUUUCUUCAAAGGACAGUGCUUAGAAGAAUGGUUUUUUGAAUUUGGCUUUGUCAUCCCUAACUCCACAAACACUUGGCAAUCACUAAUAGAAGCAGCACCAGAAUCACAGAUGAUGCCAGCUAAUGUGUUAACUGGCAAUGUUGUCAUAGAAACCAAAUUCUAUGAUGAUGACCUCCUUGUAAGUACUUCCAAAGUCAGACUUUUCUACGUCUGAAGUGAAUUGCCUGCUGUUUAGUACGUAAUGUCUUGCUGAUGGCAGAUGGAUGAGACACUUUUCAGCGUCAUGUGACCAAUGGACCAGCUGCACCUGGAUGGCAACUGGCAAAUUAGGUUCUUCAGAAUUGAUUUAGAAGAUUGAAAUGAGCAAGACUCUCAGUACAAAAGAACAAGACUUUUGUAUAAGAAGUAUGGGCAGUGACACUUAAUACUGUCUUGAGACCAAUGUUGUACAUUAUUUUAAAUGCUAUUUGUUUUGCUUUGAAUCUGUAUACACUGCUUUCCUCCCUUAAUUUGUACCGUAUUUUGUUGCACUUCAAGUUACUUUAGAAUUUUGUCCAUGUUAAUUAUUUAGUUCCUUUUUAUUAACUGCUGUAAUUCGUGACACAUUCCUCAGUUGUAACAAAGUGUAAAAUACUCCUUAUAUGUUAUAGAUGGUUAUAAUCCAUAAUGAAGUAAAUGAUAGGGGCUGAGCAACAUUGCAGUCUCAGUGAAAUAAAAGCUGUUGCUUCUGUAUUUUAAAGUCAAAUGUAGUUGAUUUGUACUGUACAUAAUGGUGCAGUAUCAUUUUAUAGCAUGUUUUGUUUACAAUUUAAAGUUCAGUAUUAAAUGGGUUAGCUUAAAAUAAGUGGAGAAUCUCAAUCCUUUUUUAUUAACUAAAGGAUUAGUAACAACUCAAAUUUUGCUAUACUAUCAGAGAUGCAAUACAAAAUAUAUAAAAUAUAUUGAUGAAGAGUUGAAAAGGUCACUCAUCCGGCAGCAAAUUGGUUGCUGCCAGCCACUGUACCCCUUAAGUAAGCUACCCAUUUAUACCAUUUUCCCAGCAAUUUUGCAUGCAUAAGCAGUAUAAUUUCCAACUGGGAAGACCAAACAUAAUAAAAUAUUAAUUUUUUUGCAGAAA